AGGAUCCUGCACCGUCCCUUUAAGAAGGAGGAGAGGCUGCUGGCAGGGGGAGGCUGACCCCAGGACACAUCAUUAGAGAAGGAGCAGUACCUGUGCCAGUCCAUGUGUCAGCCUCUGCCAUGGGGACCCAAUAGCUGCCCAGAGCAUGGCUGCCAAGGAGGACCUAUACAGCAAGAUAGUGCCCAGGAGGGGCAGGCAGAACCGGACAGGGACCAUCAGACAUGGAUCUUCCCUGGAGAUCCUCCUCUCCAUGGGCUUCCCUAGAGCUCGGGCACAGAAAGCCUUGGCGUCGACGGGUGGGCGGAGCGUCCAGGCUGCGUGUGAUUGGUUGUUUUCUCACGUAGAUGACCCCUUCUUAGACGACCCUCUUCCUCGUGAAUACGUCCUGUAUCUGCGCCCCACGGGUCCCCUGGCACAAAAACUGUCUGAUUACUGGCAGCAAUCCAAGCAGCUGUGCGGCAAGAACAAGGCUCACAACAUCUUCCCACAUAUAACGCUCUGCCAGUUCUUUAUGUGCGAGGACAGUAAAGUGGAUUCCCUUUGCGAAGCUUUGCAGUCUACUGUUACCUGUUGGAAAACCAAAUUCCCCAACCCACUGCCUCUGGAACUCUACAUUUCUUCCAACUUCAUUGGUCUCUUUGUAUCGGACGAUUGUGCAGAGAUUUUAAAAAAAUUUGCAGCGGAUUUUGCCGCAGAAGCGUCACUAAAGACCGAUGUUCGUGUGGAACCUCACAAGAAACAGCUGCAUGUGACUCUGGCAUAUCAUUUCCAAGACGCGCACUUAGCGACGCUGGAGAAAUUAGCUCAGGGCAUUGACGUCACCCUGGGAUGUGACUGGGUCGCAGCCAUAUUCUCCCGAGACAUUCGAUUCAUCAACCACGAGACUCUGCAAGUCUUGUACCCAUACUUGCCCCAAAAUGACGAUGAGCUGGAGCUGGCCCCUGGGGAUUAUAUCUUCAUGUCUCCGGUGGAGCAAAUUAACACCAGUGAGGGCUGGAUUUAUGGCACGUCACUGGCGACUGGAUGUUCUGGACUUUUACCGGAAAACUAUAUCUCCAAAGCAGACGAAUGUGGCACGUGGAUAUUUCACGGAUCUUAUUCUCUUCUAAAUACGCUGCCCUCCGCCAUGUUUUCUGUUGGCGAUGGCGUCUUGGAGAAAAGGCAACAGGAAGAGCACGUGUUGGGGGACACAGCGUCACUUACUAUUAUUUGCCAGCCCAUGCAGCAGCCGCUGAGAAUUAGCAGUCAGCCUGGGUCUUCGAAGAGCUGUCUAUUUGUAUGUCGGCAUGGCGAAAGGAUGGAUGUCGUAUUCGGAAAAUACUGGCUGUCCCAGUGCUUCGACGCUAAAGGCCGCUACAUGAGGACAAAUUUGAACAUGUUGCCCAGUUUACCUCAGAGGAGUGGUGGCUACCGAGAUUAUGAGAAGGAUGCGCCUAUAACAGUACUGGGAUGUAAACAAGCCAAGCUCAUCGGGGAAGCUUUACUGGACAGUAAAACGGUUGUAGAUUUUAUUUACUGUUCCCCAUCUUUACGCUGCGUCCAGACAGCACAUAAUAUAUUGAAAGGUCUUAAACAAGAAAGUAAGAGUAAGAUUCGCGUGGAACCGGGAUUAUUUGAAUGGACUAAAUGGGUGUCUGGUAACACCCUCCCAUCAUGGAUCCCGCCAGCAGAAUUAGCUGCCGCAAACCUGAGCGUUGACACAACCUACAGACCUCACAUUCCAAUCAGCAAACUAAUUAUGUCUGAAACAUAUGACACGUAUAUGAGUCGGAGUUUCCAGGUCACAAAGGAAAUUCUAAGUGAAUGUAAAAGUAAAGGAAAUAAUAUUUUGAUCGUAGCCCAUGCGUCAUCCUUAGAGGCUUGCACCCGGCAACUGCAAGGACUACCGCCACAAAACGCAAAAGACUUUGUGCAGGUGGUCCGAAAGAUUCCGUACCUGGGAUUUUGCUGCUGUGAAGAACUUGAGGACUGUGGUAUAUGGCAGCUGACGGACCCUCCAAUUCUUCCCCUAACGCACGGACCCACGGGGGGAUUUAACUGGAGGGAGGCAUUACUCCAAGAGUGAACAGAAACCACUUGGGCUGGAAUUUAAACCAUGUGAACAUAUCUCCUACGGAUACAAAACGCAAACCAACGCCAAACUUACUGACGAACCGUACAGAAGACUCGUCAUAGCUUAUAUAUUUAUAAAAGAUAUUUUUGUUGGAAAUCAGAAUUUACAUGGACAGAACCUUAAAGCUAUAAACGGAAACCUAUAGAAAGUUAAAUUAUUCGCCUAUGCUUGGAAAAAGGGGGAUAACGCAUGUUAUCUGCCGCCAUUUUAUUAACCUCAACUAAAUGUCCGCUGCAUGUAAGUCUCUUGACGUCCUUCCAGCUAGCACAACCAAUGUCCAGCGGGUAUUUAAAUCAGUGUCUUCUCAAUGUCGAAUGAUCGUUUGUUAUUAUCUGUUACACCGUGUCUGUUAAGAGUCAUUCGGGGGGAGCUGGGUAACGUGAUAUUUAACGCAGAAGGAGUGGUCCGCACUCUGAUAUUUAUAUAUUAAAGUUAGAUAAACAUUUUUUUAAAAAUCCCAUCAUGGAAACUCCAAACAGAACCUCACCUACAAAUGGAAGCACACAGCCAUCUUCCUUCGCCAUGCGGAUGAAUCAUGAAGUGAACGAAAUGGACUGUGAACGAGCCCUUUUGUUUAUUUCGUGAUUCAGAGUUUCCACCUUUGGCACCAAAAGGAAAUUGAUUAUUAAUGGGAAAAAUAGAUAAUGGAUGCUUUAGGAACAGUCAAUAAAUACUCAAUUUAUUCACAGAUCAAGUGGGGACCAAACAGAAGGAGGAGGAACACUAAAAAGAUC